AUGCAAGUGUUUUUUCUCUGUUCGCCUGCGUAUAAAACGACUUUCCUCCCUUUCCAGCUAUCAGUUGUGAUAAAAAUGCGGCAUCUGUGUGUUUUUUUCUUAACAAUUUUUCUUUGCUGCCUCUCAAUAAAGGCUCAGAGCUUAAAUUGCACCAGGAUUCGCGAGCAUUGUCGUCCUUGUACCCGUCGCUUAGUGGAUCCUGUUAACAACCUGGAUUUCAUUAAUAGUGAUUGUAGGGAAAAACUUAGAGGGCGUUGGAUUUGGCGGGAUGUAAGGCGUUGUGAUAUGCAAAUUGUUGCGUGCGAAAAUCACGAAACCCGACUGGAUUGCGAGAACGUGGCUAGAAUAACUGGCAUGAGACGGAUUCGUUGAUUUUACUUUCCUCUUGAGAGUAAUUAAAGUUUAAUUUUUAAACGUAAAUAAAGAAACGAAGGGAUUUGUCCAAGUGCUUAUGUCAAAUCUA